AUGUAUAAGACUCUGCUGAGCAACUAUGACGCUCGCCAGAGAGAGCUCGUGCUGGAAAAUGCAGAGCUGAGAAAAGUGUUGCAGCAGAUGAAAAAAGACAUGGUGUCCAUUCUAAGUUCAAGAAAACCAGCUGCGAAAAGCGACAAACGUGAACACAGUGGUGUACAGGCCACAUCGGAGGAGGAAGAGGUGUUCGAUUCCAGUAAGGAAAGUGUCGAGCUUUAUUGCUUUCAUGCCCGGGAGAAACUGACCAACAGUAUUCGCCUCCAGUGGAGAAGACUUAAGAGCCACGUCGAAAGACUGGACAGCCAAGCAUCCUUGGUUCAGAUGGUGGAAAGCAAAAACACUGAUGCUGUUCCACAAGAGACUCAGGAGGAAGAGAUGGACAGACUAAAGCUGGAGAUCCAGCAGUGCAAAGACUUUAUUCAAACACAGCAGCAGCUUCUACAGCAGCAGCUAAGCUCUCCAUGUGAUGAGGAAACUGCAUCCCUGCUAAGCAAUUGCUACGUGCUUCAAGAGAAGGAGCGCCUCGGGGAGGAGUGGAAGACUCUGGAGGAGCAGAGGAAGAUCUUUGAGAGGGAGAGGAAGAACUUUACAGAGGCAGCCAUCAGACUGAGCCAGGAGAGGAAGGCCUUUGAGGAGGAUCGAGCAACAUGGCUCAAACACCAGUUUUUAAACUUGAGUCCAUUUGCAGACUCAAAGAAAACCCCUUUGUUAAAAUCUAAAAGUGCCUUUUUGAUAUCUGAAACAGAGGCGGCUGCGACGGUGGCUCCAGAAAAGCUCAUCAAAUGUCAUUCAGACACAGCCUCCCCCACACCCAGGUGUGUCCCGCUCACGUCAGCUUCCACGCUUUGCCUUAUCCCAGAAAACAGCUCAGUGCAACCAAAGACAAACGGGGAACUUGUGGAGGAAUCGAGCAUGUUUUGUGGAGAUGUUUUCGUCCAGCACCAACAGUGGGAGUACAGCGAGGACCACACACUCUCACAGGAGAAGAACAGCUCCAUCUGAAGCCAAAAACUCCUCUAUCACUUGAAUCAGACUUAUCAUUAAUGUCCAGUGUUUAUGUCUCACAUAUGCGUCUGAUGGGUGGAGGCCAAAGGCCCACAGAUGGACUGUAAAAUGAUUAAACAGCUUAAGAAGGAAAGAGCGUUAAGAGUGACGUUCUGGUUUGCUGGAUCUGAUGGUUUCUUCUGUAUUAAUGUACUGCAUAUAGUAUGUAGUUAGUUUAUUUAUUUAUGGUACUGUAAAUCAUGAAUUGGCAUAUCUUACAUUUAGAUGCUGCUGAUUCAAUGCAAUAUGUGACUGGGUAAAUCAAAUCAAGUAUGCCGGCUCUCUGUUUACAACACUGAGAAUGUGACUGAGUGACAGCUGCAUUUUUCCAGUAAAUGUUGCUGUUAGGUUUAUAACAGGUAGUAUAUCUGCUGCUUUUGAAUAGGAAGAAUGUAACAUCUUGCACAAUUUACAUAUUAUGUAGAAGAUAGUGACUUUAGACCACUGUGAUGUUAAUAUGAUUUGUCAUGAAACAAUUUGUUU